AUGGUCAAUCCAUUGACGUUGAAGGUGUCGCUCAGGACUACCGGAACCUGUCUCGCGGCCGUGCUCGAUUGUACACCACUUGUCAUCGGAUGCAUGGCGGGAGUCGUGGUUAUUGCAGGAGCAGUGCAACUAUAUCGUAUGAUGAUCUCGGGGCCUCCGGGUUCACGGCGAGAGCACACAACGCGAUCCUUACCCGUACAAGCAGAGCAGCACCUCACCAUUUCCACGAGAGAUCAAGUGAUCAGGGAGCGCCUGCAGUACGAUGAUAGCAUGUUCAACUUCGCCGUCACCGGGAAUAGCGGGAGCGGCAAGUCUUCGUUGAUCAAUGCCUUUCGAGGGCUGCGGAACGGGCAGAGAGGCGCAGCCAGGACGUCGGCGAACUGUGAGGGCACCUCCUCUGCUAUGCGAUACCCGCAUCCCCACUAUCCGCAGGUCUGGUACGACAUUCCUGGCGCGGGGACGCCGAAUGUCCCGGGCGGGCAGUACUUCAGAGCCCAAGGGCUCGACGUGUUCGAUUGCAUCAUCGUGCUGAUCGACAUGCGCCUCACCGAGACCGACAUCGCCAUCCUCCGGGACUCAGCUCAAUCUGGCAUUCCCACCUUCAUUGUCCGCUCCAAGGCAGACCAGCACAUCCGCAAUAUUCAGGCGGAUAUGGAGGAGUCCGACCACGAGGACGCGAUGGGUCGUUAUCUGCGCGCCCGCGAAGCCUGCAUCAGCGAAACGCGGAUCUGCGUCCAAGGCGGUCUGCACCGAGCGGACUUACCGCAACAGAGAGUGUACCUCGUGUCCAAGGACGUGUUGCGGGAGCUCAUGUGUUGCAUAUCCGAAGUAUUGGCGGCCAGAGGUGCCAAGAUGGACGAGCAGCAGAGAAACUUUGCGAGGCUGCAGCGCUUCGACGUUAUCGAUGAAUACGCACUGCUUUCUGAGUUGUUAGAGCUGGCCAAUGAGAAUUGA